GGGGGGGGGGGGGGGGGGGGACACAAUAAACAAUGUGGCCAAUUUUGAUAAGCAUAAUUUGAUAGAAGAUCUAUGAACAAGUCCCCGCCAAAACCCCAAAAGGGUCAACAGUUCACCGUGGUUCAGAUCAAAACCCUGUCCUCUGAGUCCUCUCCGUAUUCAGUAUCUUCAUUCUGGCUCCAGACCAAUCAAAUGAAGCGAACUUAUCGAUUCAAACGGGUCACAAAACCCAAGAAAUCGAUUCAACCAGACGAUUCCAUCCACACCUCUGAAAAAUCAAUAACCAUUGGGGCCAGACCGAAAUCUCAAUCUCAACCCCAACCCGGAAUUCUUUCUAUUUCAAAUCCAACCCUAUCUUUUAAUGAAUUGAAAAUACUGCCCCCUGAUCUCUUCCAAAUGGACGCUCUAGACCUCGUCUUGAAAAUACUGCCCCCUGAUUUCUUCCAAAUCGACGCUCUAGACCUCGCCCCAUGUCUGCUUGGCAAGUUACUCAGGAGAGACGACGUCAUUCUCCGGAUCACUGAGGUAGAAGCAUAUAGGCCAAAUGAUUCUGCUUGUCAUGGACGGUUUGGCCGUACACCAAGAACAGCUCCAGUUUUUGGACCAGGAGGUCAUGCCUAUGUUUAUUUGUGCUACGGUUUGCAUACCAUGCUCAAUGUCGUUGCAGACAAGGAAGAAGUUGGAGCAGCAGUGUUAGUUCGGUCUUGUGAACCAGUCUGUGGCUUGGAAACCAUUCAGCAACGCCGAGGUCAAAUAACUGAGAAGCCUGUUCUUCUUACUGGGCCCGGAAAGGUAUGUCAAGCUUUAGGAAUUUCUACAGAAUGGUCUAACCAUCGCCUCUACACUCCCGGUAAGUUCCUUUUGCCAUGGCUCUACACCUUUAAAGUAAAUGGAAUGAAGGUGAAUAACAAAAAUGGGCAUGGGUACCAGGCGGUCUCGAACUCUUGGAUGGACCAGAACCAGAAAAGAUACUCGUGGGUCCACGGGUGGGCAUCCAAUAUGCCCUGCCUGACGAUGUCAAUGCCCCCUGGAGAUUCGCCAUUGCUGGUUCUCCUUGGAUAAGUGCUCCUAAAAAGACUCUCACAUUACCCUCUAGUGAAAUUUGAAGCAACAUGAUGGUUUUGUCUUUUCAAAAUGUAAAUACAUGAAAUAUUUAAAGAAAAAGAUGCCUCUCAAGUUGAAAUAGCAAUGUAAUGUUUUUUGGGAUUUUGUAUCUUGUUGGAAGGAAUGUGAACUCUAUUCAGUUGUUUUUGAAGAA